AUGCGUACUCGUUCUCAACCAGCUUCUCCUGGUGGUCUCGUUUCUCUUGAUGAUACGAAACAUGCUACUCGACGGACGACAAGAUCCGCUUCUCGGGGUGCCUCUCAAGAGCCCACUUCGCAGCAAGCCAGCACUCAGCAGCCCAGCGAGCCUGUAACAGAACAAACAACUCGCCCCAAGAGUCGACCACGCACAACAAAGAAGACUACGACCACCAAGAAAACCACAUCUACUGCAUCAAAAACUAAGCCGCAAACUCGCAAAGGCCCCAAGCGUGGGACGCGAAGCACUUCGCGCAGCACUAGUCAAGCUGCGACAGGAGAAGUGCAAGAGUCAAUUGGCGAGAACUACAUUGAUAGCGUGGAAAUGGAUAAUGAAAAUGUUGCUGAAGCGGGCAUCGAUGGACAUGAAUCUGGUGCAUCCACAGGUGCUGCCCUAUUGGAACCUAAGAACACAGAGCGUGAGUACCAGCAAUCUCAUUUACCACCACAAAUUCCACACCCCCCUUCUACAACCCCCUCUUCUUCUUCUUCUUCUUCUUCUUCUUCUUCUUCUUCUUCAUCAUCAUCAUCACCACGAUAUCUUUCAUGUUGCAACGAGUCCUCAGAAAGAGUUGGCAGUACAACUACACUUUCACCACCCCUCGCAGUUCGAGAGGAGGGCCCCAAAAGAUCAUCAAAGAGCGGCAGCUCAUCCAAGAGGGCACCACAUGCUUCAAAGACUCCCCUAACCACAAAGAACCAGGACUUGCCACAAAAGACCAAAGUUAGAAAGAAGCUAACCGAUGAUAAAGUCAACAGGAAAAGGUCGCGUACCCAAACAUCGCCUGAUAUGGACGCUGAAGACCCUGUCACCCCACAUGCGAAUAAACGCAGAAACCUAGGACCCCCUGGGAGCACGCCUUAUGCUCGGCGUACGAAUCGCCGAAUAUCAAGAGCCGUGCCAUUAACUGACAGGCAGCGGCGCCGUACAGUAGAAAGUGAAGGUCGUAUCCAUAAUACAAUCUUCCGUCUUCCUGAGUAUGUAGCUCAGACUGAAGCCGACCGUCGCGCUUCCGAAACCUCUGCAUCACCCGCUCCACCAUCCGAACCUAUACAGACCAGUCUCGAUCUAUCUUCUGAACAGGACCAGGCGGCUGCUGUGGAAGAAGAACCCACUGUCGCCCAGGUGCCGACCACCCCAGAAACCCCUCGACGCAGCUGGCGUGGACUAUUCGGCUCUGUGCCACGCAGCUUUAGCCGACUACUACCCAGAUUCGGGCGUGGCCGUGCGAGCUCGGAAGCUCCAGUUACCCAGCAACCUGCAUCCGAGCGCAUUCAACGUACUCGGCCAGUUGAAGCGUCCCCAGCUGCCGCUCCGGAGGUGGAAUCGCAGCCUCGCCGCCGUUCGAGCGAAGAACCACCUGCAAAACGCCCCCGUAACCUAUCGUACUCACUUUUCCCGGCUCCAAUAGAUCGCAAUCUUUACCUUGGGGAUAUUCCAGCCAAGUCUAACGCAACCGCUACCGCUGCCGCCGAGCCUGCCGCCGGGCCGACACCUGAGCCUAUAUCUGAGCCGACACCUGCUCUUCAACCUGCCCAGCAAGAUAUGCCCCAGAAAACAGAGACUCAGCUUUCUACCACAUCCACCGAAAGAGGCCGCGAGAGCACCAAAAACACUGCAACUGAAACACCAAAGAAGAAGCGCAAGCGCUCUCCAUCGCCAGAUGUCAUCCCCAACCCUGUGGGGUGUAGUUAUGGAAUGGAUCUAGAUUACUUCUGCUACAGCUCUGGGAGCGAUGAUGAGGCGGAACCUGCUGUUCCACAAACCGAACCUAGAAAAGCCGAUACUCUGGGUAAGACCGCUCUUCGAAACCUCGCUCAGACAGAGAGACCAGCGUCAAAGAAGGUGCGCUUUGAUGCGAGCCCUGAAGACACACCUUCGAAGCGUCGCGCUCGUGCCACCGACCCUUAUAACGGAACGCACUUUAUUGGAAUGGGUGGACCCCAGGCAUCUUCUGCACCUACUACACCGACACCUGAAUCUCGCUUAACCGACCCCCGACAACGGCCUGGUUUUAUCCCUAAUAGAUCGGGAACCUUUGAACUUGAUUAUGAUGCCUUCUCGGAUGAUUCGGACUCCAGUGGUUCUGAGUCUCCUAGUGUUCCUGCUCCCGCCGCCGAUACCACGCCUCCCAUUUCCACACAACCUGAUAUCCCUCAAAAUACCCAACCAUCUUCUCCCCGCGCUUCCCCGCACCCUGCCGCACGUCCUGCACAGGUACUCUCGACACCUGCAAAAGUCAACCCCGCCCUGGACAAGGCCCGUUCUGAGGCCGAGAGAUACAAGCCAAAGACGCCUAGUGGACUUCGUACUGCUAGCCGUUAUUCAAGCCCUCUAACUGCUCCCACACCUGAUCUUACCCCGAGACAGCCCGCAGAGAGACAGCCCGCAGAGAGACAGCCCGCAGAGAAGAGCACUGAGAAAUUCGGCGAUGACCAAUUCGCAAAGGAUGCUCAGUGGCUGUAUGAAAAUUGCCCCUCCGGUGACCUUCGUCAGCUUGUUUGGCCCGAAAGGCAAGCCUUCGGUGAGGGUCUAAAUGUCAGCGCCGACUCCCUUCGCAUUUUGGAUGAAAUAUGGGAUCCGGCUGAGGUUGACAACGCAUAUACCGUAUUCCAACGUGAAUAUGCUGAUUUCCAGAAGACGAAUGCUAUUGCAUAG